AUGGCUCCCAAACGGCAGCGGCUCCAGGCCGACCCUCCUCGUGGAGGCCAACUUUCAGGCACACGGGGGGGCUCACCGCCAGAUACAGGGCCAUCGUCAUCCUUCAAUGACGCGACAAGAGGGGACCACGGCUUUCUUCCCCAGUUGCAUGCCGAUAACACUGCUACUGUUGUUUCUGCUAGUCCCGGUACUAAGAUUGACAUCCCUAGCGGUAAUGGGCUCUCUUCGCAUACCCACCAGCAAGUGCAACCGGCUGAGACGCCGAUGUCUGCUCCGGCCCGAAAUAGCAGUAACCCGGCCAACGUGUACGGCUCCUUACCAGGCAUUACACGCAAGAUUACUGCGUGUGCGGCUUGCCGGAAGAACAAGAUCAAAUGUGAUAUGCCCGCGAGUGGGCCUCCGUGCACUCGGUGUCGGCGGAGAUCACUCUCGUGUGUACUGAAUCGAAGCUUACAAUCAUUAUUGGAAGAUACAAAAAACACGGAUAACCUCAAAACAGACAUUCAGAAUCUUCAUCGAACGUUAGAAAGAGUCUGUAACUACCUAAAACUUGACAAUCCUGAGCCUCUGUUCAGCAUUAAUGGCGACCACCAAGCUCCCCCAGUCAACCAGGCCCGGUCGGAUGACCAGGCUGCCAAUGACACUGAAGGAUGCGAAAUUUCUCCGCCGGAGUCACCCUCUGCUUCGCAUGCCCCAAUCGACACAUUCUUAGGAAUGGCAAAGAUGGGGAAGCCGCCAUCUAGUGCCGGCUCGCCGCAGAACAGAAAGCGACCGGAGCUUCUGCGAGAGGAUCUGAUCAGCAGAUCAAUCAUCUCGACUACCGUUGCGCAAACUCUAUUAGAUCGGUACUUUACGCGGCUAGACCAUUACAUAUACGGCACUGCUGGCGGAUUAUAUGACAUUCAGAAACUAAGAAAAAAGUCACCAUCGUUACUCGCAGCAAUAUGCACUGUGUCUGCGUUACAUGACUCGCAUGAUUCGCAAGUGUAUGAGAUCUGCAAUAGAGAGCUACGUCAACUGGUUUCACGCUCUAUGUUUGAAAAGCGUGAUAUCAAUCACAUCAGAGCUCUCUGUAUAUCUUCGUUUUGGUUGGCGGAUGCAUCUCGUAUAUUGUCAAGUGAUGCUAUCCGCCGCGCUGCCGACCUGCGCUUGCACCGAUUGAUUGAUAAUACUUCACCAUCACCUAAAAACGUACCUCAGGGAAAUCAUCAUCCACCCGAGAUAAAGAUGACAGACCGUCUUCGGUUAUGGUAUUUGCUGUUCAUUUGUGACCAGCAUCUUUCUAUACUGCAUAAUCGUGAUGCUUUGCUGAGAGGAGAUAGAGCAGUGAAUAUAGAUUGGGAAUCUUACCUCAGCCAUCCAGAUACCACGCAGGACGAUAUUCGUAUCCUAUCCCAGGUAAAUCUACUCAUUAUCAUGAGCGAAAUGCGAGACACUCUUGGCGGAGAUUACGAGACACAAGUACCUCAAGUGCUGUUCAGCCAGAUCAACAAUUACGCUCGACGGCUUGAUCGCUGGUUCAACAAGUUCUCUCUUCUAUUUCAGCCAAAUCAGCAAAUCGCUAAUUUUCCGAGAAAGGGUCUUGAGUUGCAUUAUCAAUUCAGCAAGCUGUAUCUCGGCCAUCAUGUUUUUCGGAAUCUCAAUGGCCAGUCAGUGCCAUCGCAUUACCUGACGGCAGCGGUGGCAGCACACGACGCCGCAGUUUCUAUAUUCGACAUGAUUUUAACCGAUACAACGCUACAUAGCAGCUUGGUCGGUAUGCCGCACUACUUUCACAUCAUGAUUGCCUUUGCUGGCAAUUUUUUGCUGGAGAUCUGCAAGAACUAUCAUGAUCAGCUCAGCAUACGAGUACAGAACGACUUUGCUCUCAUCGAGCAAGUUCUGGGGGUAUUCCAAACUAUUCCAUGCUUAUCCCAGCAUCCCAUCCAUCGAAUGACACUCGGUUUGGGCCGGAAGCUUUAUGACUGCGCAGCUAGUGUUGGAUUGACUGCAGAUAUUACACGGCAAAAUGCCUAUGGCUUUGGUGACGUAUCCCAUCAAUCUCUAAUGCAUGGUGGUGCAGGCGGCGUUGGCGGUUCAAUGGGAUUGCAACACGAUCAGUCGGAAUACUCUACAAUGGGUGGCCAGCCUUUGUCUCAGCUGGUAGCAGCUCAAACGACGCCUGACGAGUUCUUUUUAUUUCCGGAUCUGAAUUUUGGGUUUACGGAUAUGACUGCCAUGAUGGGAAUGGAGUGA